AAUUAAUAAUGUGUUAUUAGUAGCUCUAUGUAAUUCGACAAUAAAGGUUUUCUGGCGAUUAAAAGAUGGCAAACGUCAGAGGCGUUUAAUUGGUCUCCUACCAUACUGUUGCUGGGCAACAGAAAAGCGACCGGACAAACAUGGCGGAGAACAGCAAAAGUGCAGAGGCCACCGUGCUUAAUACCAAGAUCCUCAAGAAGCUCAAAGGCGCUUUUCAAGCCUUUGACACCAAGUCUGAUAACACAGUGGAUAUCAAGGAGAUUGGCACCAUCUUCUAUUCACUGGGUUUCUUUCCCACUCAGGCAGACCUACAGAAGUUCACAUCUGAGGUGGAAGAUGAGCGCUCAGGAUAUAUCCACUGGGACAGAUUCCUCCCAGCCAUGACUAAAGUGCUACUGGAGGACAAGUUCCCUCCCAUCGCUGAUGAGCUUCUGCUUCAGGCCUUUGAGGUUCUAGACAUAGAAAAGAGGGGAUACCUUAAGCCUGAGGAGCUGACAAAUUACAUGACAAAGGAAGGUGAGCCGUUCACUCAGGAGGAGAUGGAUGAGAUGCUGACAGCGUUCACUGAUGAGGAGAAGAAACAUAUCUAUUAUAAGGAUGUUAUCCCACAUCUGACCCUAGAGCGUAAAAUGUAGGCAGCAAAACAAUGAUUGCUUAAUCAGCCUAUUGGUGCAGCCAAGUAUGAAAGCAUAAUGUACAAAUGCCAAAUGAAAUGUAUGUAGGCAGUCUGUAUUAUUAACAGUUUUGGUGACAUACAAUCUGUAUGUCUGUUGUGAUAUAGAAAUUAAAUGUGCAUACUUCAACUGGAUUCAGAUAAGAAUACCAUAAGAGUUUGCAUGCUCAAGCUCUCGUUCCUUAUUUAAGAAAUGUUAAAAGGUUUCUCCAGUUUGACACUAAAGGAAAGUCCAGUACAGUAUGAAAUUACUGGUGUGAUGCACUCAAGUUUCUGUGAAUGUAAAAAACAAUCACCAAAAUGGCUUAUGUUGGGUUUCUGUGCAGAAAUAAAAGAGUUCAUGGUA